CACUCCUCUCUCAACACCUCAUUUUCACCUCAUUCCAACCCCAGCACCGCCAUGCAACCCCACCACGCCGAUCUCAUUCGCAGUCUGAACAAGCUCUAUACCCUACUAUAUCAACUCGGGGCCUAUGAAGAGGCCAAGAUUCUCCGACCAGACGGCAGCAGCAUAGGAAGUCGACAUCCCGAGGGCGCUAUAAACAGCUCUGCGGCUCUGGCCGCCGGAUUCACUCCGGCCGUGGUUGAUGUGAUGCACCAGAUCCCAUAUCUCGAUGUGGGGGUGCUGGAUUUCCAGAUCUGCCCCAAUACCUUCUUGGUCAACUAUCGAAGUGAGAAGCAUUCCGACCAAGGGAGCUUCGAGGCGUGGCGAUCGACCUGUUCCCCGGAGAUCGAAUUGCCCGAGAACACGGUGGCCUUGACGCAAGCCUCGGGUGGGGGGAGGACUUGGCUCUAUGAUGUGGGGACUGGACUUAUGCGCGACUGGGAUUUUGAGAAUGAGGAUGACCCCCUGGUAGUACCGGCCGAUCUGCCCUCCAAGGUUCUGGCGCCCUAUAUCGAGAAAUACAGGAGUCUGCACUAUCUGAUCACCCCGAUGGAGUUGGAUUGUGCGUGGGAGCUGUUCAUGGCUGGGCAUCCGCCCGAGGACUGGGGGCCCUGGGACCGGUUGAAUUGGUACAUCGACUAUGGGGAGUGGAAAGCGACCCGAUAUCUUAAGCAAAUCUAUCUGCAGUAUGGCUGGAAAGUCACUCCCGGGAUGUCUCCAUCACAGGAGCAGUUCCGACGAGCGGACUAUCUGCGGGCGAGAGACCAGUAUUGGGCAGAGGUUGUUGCGCCCCUUGGCAAGGCGUCCGAAAUGUUUCGAAGACAGCGGAUGGUAGAGACGUGUGAGAAUUGAAUUCAACCUUGCUCCCCGAGCUGGAUCGGGAACCAGAAGUCAUGGGACGUAUCCCCUGGAAUUGCGCGCUGAUUGCACGUUCACGCUCGACAGACGACUGCUCUUUGAGCCUCGCCGCCUCGUCCAACCCCAUCGGCCAAUCGCCUGUUUCGCGCAUGACGAGGUCUCAUAGCUCCUGUGGCAAGCCGAACUGGGUGCCGAAUUGGUCGAACACUGCGUUCUCUCUUC